AAAGGUUUAAUUGUAAGAAAUGGAUGCUAAAGGAUUACAGGGAGAAGAUAAACUGAAGUUGCUUAUAAUUUUACUAGCAUAUUUGCUAAGUAGGGUAAUUUGUGAAACUGGAGAUUGCAGAGAGCAAGAAUUUCGGGACCACACUGGAAACUGUAUCCUCUGCAAACAGUGUGGGCCUGGAAUGGAACUCUCAAAGGAAUGCGGCUUUGGGUAUGGGGAGGAUGCACAGUGCAUGCCAUGCAGGCCAAACAGAUUCAAGGAAGACCAGGGCUUCCAGAAGUGCAAGCCUUGCCUGGACUGUGCGUUAGUUAACCGAUUUCAGAAGGCCAACUGUUCUGCCACCAGCAAUGCGCUGUGUGGAGACUGUUUACCAGGAUUUUAUAGGAAGACUAAGCUUGGAGGCUUUCAAGACAUGGAAUGUGUUCCUUGUGGCGAUCCUCCUCCUCCCUAUGAACCUCACU